CAUUCAGUCUGUCGGUUCAGUAUGUUUCGUUUACUAGUUGGCGUUUGGUUCUGCUUCCUUGCUUUCGCAACGAUACCCAACCUAUCCGAAUGUUACUACAAACCAAGCAAAGCCGUUGGCGUACGACUAGCCAAAGAGUACAGUAAAUUCGACCGACGUUACCCGUUCGAGUUUGGUCUUGGGCACUACUACCAAGGAGAUAUCAUACUGAAACCUCAAACCAGUAAAGUGGUUAUCCGUAAUACAGCGGACAGAUGGCCGAAGGGCAUUGUUCCAUAUAAAAUAGUUGGAAAUUUCACCAUCCAACAACGAGCACUAAUAAUGUCGGCCAUGAACCAAUAUCACACGAAAACCUGCGUUCGUUUUGUUCCGUUUACAAAUCAGCAGUACUACGUAUCGAUCGGGAACAGCGACACCGGAUGCUAUUCCUACGUUGGUUACCACGCCGACAACAACUAUCAUCAAAUCAACCUGCAAACCCCGUACUGUACGGAGUACGUUGGGACGCCGGUUCACGAGAUGUUACAUGCGCUAGGAGCGUUCCACGAGUUCACCCGACCGGAUCGCGAUGAUUGGCUGAACAUCAACAGGAGUGCUUUAUUGCCCGAGUAUCAGACAGAUGAAUUUUUCAAUACAAACUUUGGCAUUUUAUCGGCCGCAAAUGUAGAAAUGUACAACAUCAAGUACAAUUACGGCUCGGUGAUGCACUACUCUAAAUGGGCCGGAGCCGCCAGUCUGGACUAUCCGGUUAUGAUGAAUAAGAAGGCUUGGUUCGGAGAUUUCGGCAGCAAUGCAGGAUUGAAGCAGUCUGACAUCGAAAUGGUACUGGAUAUGUACUGUAAAAGUUCGAAGUAGUUGGAUCUUACGCACGGUGAUUAUUGUAAAUGUAUGCUAACUUGUUAGCAAAUAAAUUGUGUAUUCAAUGAAAAUUAAAAAUA